UCUUGGGGCGCUCCGUGAGCCGACACAGAGGGCCGCCGCCCAGCAGCAGACUCUCUUUCUCCUACUCGCGCUGCCGUCUCCGUGGUGUGUGAGUGUGCCCGGGUCCGGUUCCCUCUCCCGCAGCCGCCAUGGGCUGCACGUUGAGCGCCGAAGACAAGGCGGCGGUGGAGCGAAGCAAGAUGAUCGACCGCAACUUGCGAGAGGACGGGGAGAAAGCAGCCAAAGAAGUGAAGCUGCUGCUGCUCGGUGCUGGAGAAUCUGGUAAAAGCACCAUUGUGAAACAGAUGAAAAUCAUUCAUGAGGAUGGAUAUUCAGAGGAAGAAUGUAAACAAUAUAAAGUAGUUGUCUACAGCAAUACUAUACAGUCCAUCAUUGCAAUCAUAAGAGCCAUGGGACGGCUAAAAAUUGACUUUGGGGAAGCUGCCAGAGCAGACGAUGCCCGGCAAUUAUUUGUUUUAGCUGGCAGUGCUGAAGAAGGAGUCAUGACUCCAGAACUAGCAGGAGUAAUUAAACGGUUAUGGCGAGAUGGUGGGGUGCAAGCUUGCUUCAGCAGAUCCAGGGAAUAUCAGCUCAAUGAUUCUGCUUCAUAUUACCUAAAUGAUUUGGAUAGAAUAUCCCAAAUCAACUAUAUUCCAACUCAGCAAGAUGUCCUGCGGACAAGAGUGAAGACCACAGGCAUUGUGGAAACGCAUUUCACUUUCAAAGACCUGUACUUCAAGAUGUUUGACGUAGGUGGCCAAAGAUCGGAACGAAAAAAGUGGAUUCACUGUUUUGAGGGAGUGACAGCAAUUAUCUUCUGUGUGGCUCUCAGUGAUUAUGACCUUGUUCUGGCCGAGGAUGAGGAGAUGAACCGAAUGCAUGAAAGCAUGAAACUGUUUGACAGCAUUUGUAACAACAAAUGGUUUACAGAUACUUCAAUCAUUCUCUUCCUCAACAAAAAAGACCUUUUUGAGGAAAAAAUAAAGCGGAGUCCAUUGACUAUCUGUUAUCCAGAAUACACAGGUUCCAAUACAUAUGAAGAGGCAGCUGCUUACAUUCAGUGCCAGUUUGAAGAUCUGAACAGAAGAAAAGACACCAAGGAGAUCUAUACCCACUUCACCUGUGCCACAGACACCAAGAAUGUACAGUUUGUUUUUGAUGCCGUUACUGAUGUCAUCAUUAAAAACAACUUAAAGGAAUGUGGACUUUAUUGAAGAAUUUGAAUGUUAGUAAAAGUUAUUACAGUGUGGCGUGUUGAGACCAGACUUCUUUUGCUGUCUUGUGGGACAGCUGCAAGCAUGAACGGGACCAGGGGAAUGGCAGCAGCAUGCAGAAUCUUAGCAUUCUUUAGCACAGUCUUCUGUAUUAGGGAAUUUUUAAUUGACAUGAGAUGCUAAAGUCAGACAUUGGAAUUGGAACAUCUGUUAAGUAUGAUUCAGUCAUCAGGAUAUCACUUGGAUUUCAUAAUCUCAAAUGUCAAAGGCAGAUAUGAAGUUGAGGUGCUGCAUUCCAGAACUUCAAUAUGUAGCUUACUUUUUUUUUUCCUUCUUAACAAACCACCAGUAGUUCAUUCUGAAAGUUUUUUUUUUCCAUCCAAGAAGAAUAACUCUUCUAAAUUUUAUUUCUUUGUUUGCAAAAGAAUCUUUAUUAAAACACAAUCUUAACUAUGCACACGAUGUGACCAGAUCAUGUUGAAAAUAUUCCUCUUAGUAGGAACUCUUUGUUUUUAACUCUUGUUAGGGUCAGAAUAUAAUAUUUCCGUAAUUACUUAAAAUUCUUGGGGCUAUAAUUGUAGCUUUUUUUGGAUGCAGUUUAUGUUACUAUCCUGCUCAAAGUACCAUUGUGGUUUCUAAAUGGAAAUUACAUUGGAGAGUUCUGCAAUAAGAUUCUAGCUCUAUUUUUUAAGCCUAUGGUUAAAGAUUAAGCUGGUUUAUGCUGAUUUCCAAAUUACUAGAUAAAUACUAAUGUAGUAUGAUAAAACCAGCUUCUUGGGUUCAGACACACCCAGGGCAGCUGCCAAUUAAAAAUGCAAAUUGCUGAAUUCCAAACGGAACCAAGGACUUUGCUGUUACAUAUCUACUAAAUUUGAUUCUUGUGUGUUUGUCUCAGUCAUAGGGAGUUUUGUAAAAAGUGCCCCUUGUUUUCCAUCAUCUGUGGCCUUUUCUGUUGGGAGACAUCUAAAGUGUAUUAACAGUGCAUGCUUUUACUUUGUAAAUGUGGUGCCAAAUCCUUGUUUGCUGUUGUUUUUAUUGUAGCUAUGUUGACUGUAGUAACCCUUAGUCAGUAUGUUCUUUUGCUGAAACUAUUACAUUUGGGGAAUUUUUUCCACUUUGUCAUGUGUACAGAUUUUAAUCUGUUAAUAGUUGGCAGCAGUAUUAAAAUGGUGAGUAAAGUGUCCAGGUUUGCUUCUGUUUGUAAUUAGUCUUUUCUAGAAAUAUUUUCUUCUCUUUCUUUUUUGUCCCUGCUCAGUGUGCUUUUGGUCGUUGUCUAAGAAGGGAUUUAGGUAGGGUUCCCUGAAGGUCUAGUCCUUUGACGUAAUAUUGUUGAAUCUUGGCCUAACACUGAGGAAUUUUAUUUCAUAUGUGUGUAAGUGAUAAACAGUCCCAAUCCAUUUUCUAGAUUUACAUUUUGCUUGUGUGGAAAGCUAUAUUCACUGCAAAUCUUCUUGUACAAUGUACAGCAAAUGUCAUUAAAUAUCGAGUGGUCUAUUGGGGGAAGGCAAAUGAAGAUAAUGCAUUUUGAGCAUUCAAAUCAGUAGUUUGAGCAGUGUGCCUUUUUGGGUCCGAAAGAUUGGAUCGUAUUUCAUCUUUUGAUAUGACCUUUCACUAGUUUAAAAAAAAAAAAAAUUUUAUGGUCGUCAAAACUGCUUCAGAAAGCAAACCACAGCAGUUCAGUGCCUUUAUUGAUAGCUUUUUAAAAAUUUUUAUUUUUUAAAUUAUUUUUGGAACAGUGUAACUAUGCAUAUGGCGUAACUGUAUUCUCUAACAACUUUUUUAGGGUGGAAAACAAUGUGAAAGAAAGAAAAUUAUCAGCUUCAAUUGCUGACUCACUUAUGCCCACACUGUAAAUAGGAUUGAUAGUUCUUAUUUGUUCAUUUUGAAUAUCUUUUCCUUAUUGUAUUCUGUAAUACAGGAUCAUCUGGAAAUGAGAACUGGUGGAAUGUUGUUUUUAACUAUAGUUUUUCUAUACUCUGGGCUAAUGGAAUAUUGUUGUUGAUAAUCCAAUAGCAGAUAAUCCAAAAAGUACAUUUUACUUUGGAAUGCAUUUUGUAUUUUCAUUUGAAUAUAUAUUUCUGAUUUAUUCA